CUCGUCGCCAUUGUCUCGUCGCUGCCACCCCGCCCACGCCUGCGCGACCACCUGCUGCUCGACACUGCCGCCCGAGCUCGACACUGCCGCGACACACUCGACUGCCGCGCAGCUCGACCGCCACACCCGACCGCCACAUUUCCCCCACCAUGAGCCGCUACCAGGGCGACUCGGACGCCGAGGACGACGCGCCGCAGGUGCAGUACGACGGCAUGGACGAGCUCGACCGCAUGCCGUCCAUGGGCGGCACCCAGGACAUCCACGCGCAGCUGCAGGCCGCCGCCACGCCGCUCGAGUUCCAGGCCACGCUCGAGACCAAGUUCGCCAGCUACGACAACUACUGCAACCUGUUCCACUACAUCCUCAACUCGGACGGGCCCGUCGACCUCGAGGUGCCCAACUACUACUGGGCCUGGGACGUCAUCGACGAGUUCAUCUACCAGUUCAACAGCUUCUGCAGCUACCGCCAGAAGGUCGCCCUCAAGAACGACAACCCCGACGAGCUGGCCCUGCUGCGCGAGAACCCCAACACCUGGGGCUGCUACAGCGUGCUCAACGUCCUGUACUCGCUGAUCCAGCGCUCGCAGAUCAACGAGCAGCUGGCCGCCAUGAAGCGCGGCGAGGACUCCAACCUGUACGCCGGCGAGUACGGCCAGCGCCCGCUGUACAAGAUGCUGGGCUACUUCUCCAUCAUCGGGCUGCUGCGCGUGCACUGCCUGCUGGGCGACUUCAGCCUGGCCCUCAAGACCCUCGACGACAUCGAGCUCAACAAAAAGGCCCAGUUCGCCCGCGUCAUGGCCGCCCACUUCACCACCUACUACUACGUCGGCUUCUCGUACAUGAUGAUGCGCCGCUACACCGACGCCAUCCGCAUGUUCUCGCACAUCCUGGUCUACGUCUCGCGCACCAAGAACUUCCAGAAGAACGCCCAGUACGACUCCAUCACCAAGAAGAACGACCAGAUGUACGCCCUGGUCGCCAUCUGCGUCGCCUUCCAGCCCACGCGCCUCGACGACACCAUCCACACCGCCCUGCGCGAGAAGUACGGCGAGCAGUUCAACAAGCUGCAGCGCGGCGGCCCCGAGUCGCUGCCCCUGUUUGAGGAGCUGUUCCGCACCGCCUGCCCCAAGUUCAUCUCCCCCACCCCGCCCGACUUCGACAACCCAGAGGUCAACAUCGACCCCGUCGAGCACCACCUGCGCAUCUUCAUGGACGACGUCAAGAACAACAUGAUGUCGCCCACCGUCAAGAGCUACCUCAAGCUCUACACCACCAUGGACCUCAACAAGCUCGCCGGCUUCCUCGAUGUCGAGGCCGAGACCCUGCGCUGCUGGCUGCUGGUGAACAAGCAGCGCAACAAGCAGAUCCGCUGGAACGAGGGCGGGCUGUUGGAGGGCGACGUCGUGUCGGCGGGCGACCUCGACUACGCCAUGGAGGGUGACCUCAUCCACGUCUCCGAGGCAAAGGUCGGCCGCAAGCUCGUCGACUGGUAUCUCCGCAACCUGGCGCGCACGUACUAGAUAGCGAAACACGAGGAGAGGAGGCACGUCAGAGUCAUUCUUGGCCAAUCGAGAUAGAGCAUCCGGCUUGGCGUUGGGGUUACGGCAUAUGGAAAGACAUGGCAUAGCAAAAGCGUUUCUGAGGUUUUUGAGCGUGAUGAGGCACAGAAGGUGCUGUGUUGGCCGUGCUGUGCUGGCCUGCGGUGCUGUGGCCGUGCGGUACGGUGUGGAGAAGGAUGUUGUGGAGCAGAGAUGGACGGGGAAGAAGCACCCGAGGAUUGAAGUAGAAGUAUACGGUGAUGAUAUAUGCGCCAAUGAACAAAUCGCACUUGAGUCUUGCUAGCCUGUAGUGGUAUGGCGGGGCACGUUGGUGGCCACCGCACGACGUCUUC